AUGCUGGCUCAGAUGGAGAAGGUACAGCUGAAGGCAAACAACAUCGUUUGCAACAGCAUGCUGAGCACUUGUGCCCAAAGCAGGCAAUGGCAAUUGGCGCUUUGGCUCUUGUCGAGCUUCCCGAAGGCGGACGUCGUGAGCUUCAACAGCACCAUCAGUGCGUGCCGUGGCCGGACAAGCAUCGCAAUGGAAUUGCUGGCAGCUAUGGAAGGAAGAGCCUUACAGCCAAGCUUGGUCACCCUAAACAGUUCCAUUUGCGCAUGCUCAGCUAGUGACUGGCCACUCGCUUUGGAGCUUCUUUGGCAAACGAAAGAAGUUACGUCGCAGCGCGCAGAUGACGUGACCUUCAGCGCCGUGAUGAGCACCUGCGACAGAGGAAGUCAUUGGCCGAGGGCGCUGGAGAUUUUCAAGGUUGCACCACAAGAAGCGGUCACCAGUGCCGCUGCCAUCUCCGCAUGUGCCCAAGGAGCUGAAUGGGAACUGGCACUGGAACUGCUCGAGCGCUGUUCCUUCACUGGAAGCAGUGGCGCUGCCAUAGUCAGUGCCAUCAAUGCUUGUGCACGAGGAGGCCAGUGCGUUUGGGCAGUGCAUCUACUGAGUCAUUAUCGAAGUGAUGCAACCUUGGGUGCUGCUUUGCAUGCUUGCGCCAACGCCGGAGCUUGGGCCAAUGCCUUGGAGAUUCUUCAGCAAGCUGGAAGUUGGGCGCUUCGUCCCGAUGUCGCAGCGAUGUCCUCUGCGUGUGCUGCUCAGAAGUUCUGGAUUUGGCCCCUGCGAUUGCUGGAGGAUGCCACAGGGGCUGGAAAGCUUGCGGGAGCUUGUGUGGCAGCUGAAGCCUGUGAGAAGCUUGCCGAGCCACAAUUAGAGACAGAGAGCACCCCACCAGGGCUGCUGCGCUUGGUGGAGCAACGACACCCGGAGACCAGAUUGGAGCUCAACGUUUAUCAAUGCAAUUUGGCCAUCAGCGAAUGUGUGAAAGGCACCCGCUGGCAGACUGCUGUGGAGCUGCUCUCAUCAUCACCUCGCCAAGCUGUGAGGCGCGACACGGUGAGCUUCAACAGUGCUUUGAGCCGCUGCCCUUGGCGUCAAAGCUUGAACUUGUUCGUGCUCCUGGGGCAAAACGCGCUGAAGCCAGAUGCGGCCGGGAAUGAACGGCCGUGGAGGGUCGGCGCAAUGAGUGCUUUACAUCGACAGAGCCAAUGGCAAAAGGCUGCCGAUGUCUACUGCUCGAUUGCACUGUUGAGGCUCAGGCCCGAGACCUUCAUCUCGCACGCAUGGCCCGAAGCCUUGCAGAUGGCGAUGUCAGGUGGAGGUCUGGACGGCACAGCAUUCGCUCUCCUCGCCGAGGGCGCAGGGCUUUGGCCGAGGGCGAUGGGACUCUUGCAGCUGUUGUCGCAGUCAGGUGCAGAGACCAGUGUCGUCACGCAGAGUAGUGCAGCCUGGACGCAGAACUUUGUGGAGAUCUGA